CCCAACCUCUAGAGACCUCCAAGGUCACCGGGGACACCCUUCCAGGACCCUUCCGGAAUCUCCGAUCCCGUUCUCUGCCUCUGGAGAUCAGCAUGGCGGACGAGAGCAGCGAUGCGCCCGCGCCUGCUCCUGUCCGACGCCGCUCCUCUGCUAACUACCGAGCCUAUGCCACCGAACCACACGCCAAGAAAAAAUCUAAGAUCUCCGCCUCCAGAAAACUUCAGUUGAAGACUCUGAUGCUGCAGAUUGCAAAGCAGGAGUUGGAGCGUGAGGCAGAAGAGCGACGCGGAGAGAAGGGGCGUGUUCUGAGCACUCGUUGCCAGCCUUUGGAGUUGGAUGGGCUGGGCUUUGAAGAGCUUCAGGACUUAUGUCGGCAGCUUCACGCUCGUGUGGACAAAGUGGAUGAAGAGAGAUACGAUGUGGAAGCAAAAGUCACCAAGAACAUCACUGAGAUUGCAGAUCUGACCCAGAAGAUCUAUGACCUGCGUGGCAAGUUUAAGAGGCCCACCCUCCGAAGAGUGAGGAUCUCUGCAGACGCCAUGAUGCAGGCGCUGCUGGGGACCCGAGCCAAGGAAUCCUUGGACCUGAGGGCCCACCUGAAGCAGGUGAAGAAGGAGGACAUUGAGAAGGAAAACCGGGAGGUGGGAGAUUGGCGCAAGAAUAUCGACGCACUAAGUGGGAUGGAAGGCCGUAAGAAAAAGUUUGAGGGCUGAGCUCAUGGCUCCCAUCCUGUGCUCUGAAGGGUGUACCUGAGGAAUAAACCUCUCCAAACUGGAA